UUUUAGUGGGUUUUAUGGGUGCUUUUUGCGGUGUCAAAAAGAGAAGAAAAAUCGCUCCAAUUUCGCAUUGAUUUGGAGCCUUUUGGUUGUGCGACACGUGUUAUUUUGUCAAGGAAUCUGUGAAUUAAGUGAUAUUGCACAAAAAUGAAGACGAGAUUCAAUACCUACGAUAUUGUGUGCAUCGUCACGGAGCUGCAAAAGUUGAUUGGGAUGAGGGUGAAUCAGAUUUACGAUAUUGACAACAAGACCUACCUGAUUCGUCUGCAGAGGACAGAAGAGAAGGUGGUGCUCCUGCUGGAAUCCGGCAACAGACUCCAUACAACAGCUUUUGAGUGGCCAAAAAAUGUAGCUCCAUCGGGAUUCACCAUGAAGCUGCGGAAGCAUCUGAAGAACAAACGCCUGGAGGCUCUCAGGCAAGUGGGAAUUGAUCGAAUUGUCAGUAUGCAAUUUGGCACGGGAGAAGCUGCCUAUCAUGUCAUCCUGGAGCUCUACGAUCGCGGAAAUAUCCUGCUCUGUGACCACGAAAUGACAAUUCUCAAUGUCCUACGGCCCCAUGCUGAAGGAGAAGAAGUCCGUUUUGCUGUUCGGGAGAAAUAUCCACUGAGCAGAGCGAAGCAGGGCACAGGAGAAAUUAGUGAAGAAACUGUAAAGGAAGCUUUACUUUCAGCUCAACCUGGUUCAGUCUUGCGAACAAUUCUCAAUCCCAUCCUCAACUCUGGUCCAUCUGUGAUUGAUCAUGUGCUGCUGAAGAGGGAUUUGCUGGCCUGCAAGAUUCCAGGGCAGAAGGAAGAACCUCAGCAGCCGGCAGAAGGAGGAAAAAAACGAAAGCAGAAACAGAAAGAAAGCACAAAAUACGGAAGCAGGGAUUUCUCCAUGGAAACUGACUUUCCGACCUUGAUGGAAGCCAUUCAGGAUGCUCAAGAGAUGCUCCUGAAAGCCUCCAGUAUCCCGUCAAAGGGCUUCGUGGUGCAGAAGGAAGAGAAAAGACCCACUCAAAAUGGCACUGAGGAAUCCUUCUUCGUCAACGUUGAGUACCAUCCAUUCGUCUUCCAGCAGUUCAGUGAUCGUCCUUGCAAGGAAUUUGAGUCCUUCGAUGCAGCAGUCGAUGAAUUCCAUUCCACGCUGGAGGGUCAGAAGAUCGACAUCAAGGCCAUGCAGCAGGAACGAGAAGCACUCAAGAAACUGUCGAAUGUCCGCACGGAUCAUGCCAAGCGAAUCGAGGAACUGACAAAAACUCAACUGGUGGACAGGGAUAAGGCAGAACUCAUAACGCGCAAUCAGGAACUCGUCGACAAGGCCAUCUUUGCCAUUCAGUCGGCCCUGGCUAACCAAAUGGCCUGGCCAGAUAUUCAGGAACUCGUGAAAGUGGCUCAGGCUAAUCAGGAUCCAGUCGCACUCAGCAUUAAGCAACUCAAACUCGAAGUCAACAGCAUUUCGCUCCAACUCUCAGAUCCGUAUUCGCAGGAGGACUCAGCAGAAGAAGAUGAAGAAAAUGAAAACAGUGAAAAACUCGAAACGGCAGUUGUGGAUGUUGAUUUAUCCCUUUCGGCCUUUGCCAAUGCCCGGAAGUACUACGAUCAGAAACGUAGUGCUGCCCGGAAGGAGCAAAAGACAAUUGAAUCUUCGGGAAAAGCUCUGAAGUCUGCUGAGAAACGAACUCAGCAGACGCUCAAAGAGGUUAAGACGCUGACAAAUAUUUCCAAGGCGCGUAAAGUUUACUGGUUCGAGAAGUUCUACUGGUUUAUCAGUUCGGAGAAUUAUCUGGUGAUUGGGGGACGGGAUCAACAGCAGAAUGAGUUGAUUGUCAAGCGUUACAUGCGCUCCACGGACAUUUAUGUCCACGCGGAGAUUCAAGGAGCUUCUAGCGUUGUGAUCAGGAAUCCCAGUGGGAAUGAUGUUCCGCCCAAGACCCUGCUGGAGGCAGGAACAAUGGCUAUUUCGUACAGUGUGGCUUGGGAUGCCAAAGUUGUGACGAAUGCGUAUUGGGUGAGGAGUGAUCAGGUGAGCAAGACAGCUCCGACGGGAGAGUAUUUGGGCACGGGAAGUUUCAUGAUCAGGGGCAAGAAGAACUUCCUGCCACCAUGUCAGUUGGUACUAGGCCUGAGUUUCCUGUUCCGCCUGGAAGAUGGAUCAGUGGAAAGGCACAGGGGAGAGAGGAUAGUGAGGCAAUUCGGUGAAGAUGAUGAUUCCCUGAGCCGUCAAACGUCAGUAGACACAGAAAAGACGUCAACGACAGAAGAUGUAGAGAUUGACCUUGAGAAGGACGAUGAGAACAGUGAGAAGGAUUCAGGAACGGAUUCUGAAGAUGAAUCAGGAAUUAAGUAUCCAGAUACUCAUGUCAAAGUGGAACAUGACACUGGAAGGGUUACCCUCAAAACUGACGCAAUAAUGGAGCGUUUGCAGUCAAUUGAAGAGGAACCUGAGAAUGCGGUCUAUCUUGGUGAUGACAAACCCUACAUAAUUCCAGCACUUCCGAGGCAUCCCAAGAAGAAGCAGCAGAAGAAGAAGGCAACUAUUGAACCAGUGAUCGAAGAGAAAGAGCAUUCAGAGGAGGAGGAUAGUCGCAGUGAGAGCAAACAGGGAGCUCCUGGUCAGUUGAAGCGUGGUCAGAAGGGCAAACUGAAGAAGAUGAAAAAAUACAAGGAUCAGGAUGAGGAUGAACGCAGAGCAAGAAUGGAAAUCCUAAAGUCAGACGGGAAGGGAGCAAAAGAAAAGAAGAAGAAGGCUCAGGAAGAGGAAAUCAAGAAGUUCAACAGGAGAAAUCCCGUGGCCAGGAAGCCCAAGGAACCAGCUGAGGGCGAGGAAGUUGACGAGACUCCGGCGACCGUUGACGUGGACAUGCUGGAUUUCCUAACGGGAUCUCCGGUGGAAGAGGAUGAACUCCUCUUCGCCGUUCCAGUCAUCGCUCCUUACCAGACUCUCCACAAUUACAAAUUCAAGGUGAAACUGACCCCGGGAACCGGAAGACGUGGAAAAGCAUCGAAAAUGGCCGUGAUGAUCUUCCAGAAGGACAAGAACUGCUCCACCAGGGAGAAGGAUCUGCUGAAAAGCGUCAAGGAGGAGAUGAUUGCGAGGAAUAUCCCGGGGAAAGUCAAGCUGUCGGCCCCUCAGCUGCAGAAAUUCAAAAAGUAGCAAUUUUUACCGCCACGCACAUUGAUUUUCCUCGUGAAUUUGCUGAAAUAUAUUAUGAAAUUAUCAAAUAA